CUGUAGGUUUCGUAGGAGCUGCUAGUCCAACGGGAUCUGUCAGGAUGCGAAAAAUGACUAGUAAAAAGAACGUUCUGGCAACCAGUAGUACUCCUGUUCCGAGCACACCACCACUCCAGACAGAAACCAAGAGUGACUCUUCAGCAAGAAGGCCGAAUGUAAGUGCCUCCUGCUACCAGGUGUCGUCCUUAAACGAGAACACGGCCAAGCGGCUUUGCAAGAGGCAUCCAUUGGCUUUGAUUGCUCACUGUGAAAAUCAGCUGAUGAGAACAUACCCCGCUGCCAUGAGAAUCGACUCUUCCAACUUUAAUCCUGUUAUCUUCUGGGCCUUUGGACUACAAAUGGUUGCACUCAAUUACCAGACUGAAGAUUCAGCAUUGCACGUGAACACCGCCAUGUUUGAACAAAAUGGCCGUUGUGGUUACGUACUGAAGCCAUCAGUCAUGUGGGACCGGGGUCACAUGAUGUACGGAAGGUUCAAUCCUUGGGAUAAAGAGUUUGACGGACUUCACGUUAUCAACCUCAAUAUCACUGUUAUUUCAGGCCAGUACGUUUGUCCAAGCACUUACACAGGAAGUCCUCAAGUAGAAGUGGAAGUCAUUGGGAUUCCAGUUGAUGCGAGUAGACAGAAAACAAAACUUGUACAGAGAAAUUCUCUUAACCCGAUAUGGAAUGAUAUAUUUCAUUUUAAGGUCACCUUCAGUGAACUGGCAUUUUUAAGGUUUUCUGUGAUUGAUGUAGGAACGAGCCACGUGACCGCUCAGAGGGUCAUACCUCUCAAGUGUUUGAAACAAGGGUACCGGCAAGUUCGGCUGAGAAGCCCACAAAACCAACCAUUAUAUCUAUCCACUCUCUUCAUUCAUUCAGUGUGGGAGGAAGAAGGACUCGAACUUCCAGGAAAUAAAGAAGAACAGACAGGAAGUGGAAAGAAAAUUAAGAAUAAAGUUAAAGAAACACUGAGUGCAGAGAGCGGGAAGAACGAUUUAAAGGAAGUCACAAGUGUUGGUUACGUGUUCAUUUUUUCAGGUCACAAGUGUUGA